GAAGGGCGGGCCGUGCCGCGCUGUCCCGCCGGGCUGGGGGCGGCCGCAGGGCCGGCCCCGCCGCUUUCGCUUUCGCUUCCCCGCCGGGCCCGCUCACUCCGGGCCUUUCCCGGUGGGAUCCUCGUCCCGGGAUCCCCGUCCCGGUGGGAUCCUCGUCCCGGUGAGCCCGUCCCGGUGGGAUCCCCGUCCCGGUGAGCCCGUCCCGGUGGGAUCCCGUCCCGCUGGAGCAGCGGCCAUGGCUGCCAGAGGCACGAGGACAGUUGUGGUGGCCGGGGUCCCGGCUGGGCUCCUGCAGGAUGAGCUGCUGGCUGACAUCCUCACCAUCCACUUCCAGCUGGCCAGGAACAGCGGCGGGGACGUGGAGCAGCUCACCUACCCCACCCGCAGAGAAGGAGUCGCCUACGUCACCUUCGACGACCCAGAAGUUGUGGAGCGUGUUCUGAAGAAGGAUCAGCAUCUCCUGCAGGACAAGAGGCUGCCCAGGCCCUACCCCCUGACAGUGACCCGCUACUGCCACAACGCCUUCCUGUGGGUCACAUCCACCCUGAACAUGGCUGUUUUCAGGGAUCACUUGGUUUUGGAAGAUUUGGUGGAGGAGAUGAGGAAGCAGAGCCCGGCUCUGAGUUUUGGGCCUUUGCAGCGUGACGGGCAAAUUGCUGUGCAAGGAUCCUUCCCAGCACUCCGAGUGCUGAGAGAAUUCCUCCUGCUGAAGGCAAAAUCCCUCUCAGAGAAGGACAAAAGGGAGGGAAAAUCCCACCAGAGACCGAGGAGGAAGCUGCAGGAGCACAGAGGUGCUGCGGAGACGCGGAAUUCCACGCGGGAUGCGCAGAGGGAAAAGCAAGUGCUGGUUCUGGACACGGAUAUCUAUCACUACAUGAAGUGCUUUCAUCCCAAGGCUUUCCAGGGAAACGACCUUGUCAUUUCUGGUGUCACCGACGGUGACAUCACCACGGUGUGCAUUGAGAGUGCUGGCAGCAAGGCUGGUGCUGCUCAGGGACUGAGGGCCAGGAAAAUGAUGGAAAAUUACUCGGUGGAGCUGCAGAAGAUUUUACGGAAGGAAAGGAUCGGCUUCAAGGAGCACAGCAGAGCUGAGAAGCAGAGAUACAGACAGCUCUGUGACAGGCUGAAAGGCCGCUACCCCAGGGUGCUGGUCAUCCCUUGUGACACCCACCUUGACCUUGUGGGCACGUCUGCUGAUGUUUUUGGGUUUGCAGAGGAGGUGAGGAGGCGCUCCAGGUAGGAGUGAGGGCUCCUGUGGUUUGGAUUUCUCAGGCAGACCCUGCCUGUGGCACUGCAGGUCUCCCUCUGUGGCACUGGGGUGUCACUUUGUCCCGCUCACAGGCUGGCAGCUCUGCAAGCCUGGGCCCCCCAAAUGCCAAAUUAGGGUCAGAACAAAAAAAUCAAUGAUUUUUGCAUCUUUCAUGAACCUGGGAACCUCUUGUGCCCAGAAACAGCCACAUUUCCUUUUGGUACCUCAGUGCAUUCUCCUCCCAGCUUGCUGUCAAGGACUACAUGAUGAGAAAAGAGAUUUUAUUUUUUUUUUUUUUAAUCUGGGUCUGCCAGCCGUGUAGGAAACACUGCAGGGAAGUUCUGUGUGAGGUUCUGUGAGGAGCCGACCACAGCAGCCAGGAGUGGGGACCCUUCUGGGCCUUCAUCUGCAGAGGGACCCUGGAGAGGAGGGCUGGGACACCUGGCAGAGCAGAGUGCACCUGGAAUGGACAGGCUGGAGAAAGCCUUGGUGGUUCUUCCCUGCAGGAGACAGGCGACUUUGUUUUCAUAGGAGCAAUAGUGGGGUUUUUUCCAGCUGUAAAGGCUUCUGCAGCACCUCUUGACAGCUCGUUAUUUAGACAUGAAAGUGUGUCCAGAGAUUUGAUGGGAAAAUUUGGGGGCGUUCAGACUUUGGAGUCGGAUUCUGUUUAUGCAAAUCUGUUUUUAUAUCCAUUACAAGGGCACAAAUGGGUUUUUUUAAAACCAAUUUAGAAAAUAGCUUUUAUUUUGUGAUGUCUGUGUUUAGAAUAAUUUCUCAGAAUAUCCAGGGCAGCUUUUCUGUCUGAUGUGCAAGGAAAUUUUAGGGGUUUAUGCCAUUAAAGAAAAAUAUUGUCCAAAACAUUGUGUCUGUGUUAUUUUAACCAAAUCCCAGAUUUUUUGGUUGGAAGCCCAAACCUGAAGCCC